CAUUCAAGGCCGACGGAACACACGUUUACUCCAGUUGAAAACAUCCAGCAGUAUGCACGUGUGGAUUUAUUCCUAAAAUGUUCGAUGUUCUACAGUAUAAGCUACAUGUGUCAAGAGGAAAAGCAGCAUAUGUAUUAUAGCCUGCAGUUUAUUAAAAGGCUCAACCUGCAAGCUUAAUCGUUAGCUUCAUCGCUAUCAAACCAUUUAGCUACAGACUCAUCACCAUGGCUGGAAGAGGCAGGGGUCGUGGAAGGGGUCAGAUGACCUUCAACCUGGAGGAUUUGGGCAUAGGAAGGGGAGACGGCCUGCCCCCCACCACCUUUAAGCCCUCACCCCUCUUCCCUCCCAUGCCAGUCCAGCCUGUGCCCCUGCAGACAGGAGAGGAGGUGGAGUACAUGCUGGCUCUGAAACAGGAGCUGAGGGCAGCCAACAAGACCCUGCCCUUCUACAUCAGACGGGCCGCUCCCAAAAGAGAUGUUGAUCGCUACUCUGAUAAGUACCAGAGCGGAGAGCCCAAGGACAGUGCCAUCGAGUGGAGCCCAGACUGGAGCAGAUUACCUAAAGAGCUUUGCAUUAAAAUGAGGAAGCCUCUGGCUAAAAGACAUCCACCCCAAGUUAAACAGCCAAAGAAACCUCUUGUGGGAAAAGAGGAGAUUCUCACCAAGCUGGAGACUCUCGAAAAGAAAGAAGAGGCGGUGAACUCUGAGGAAGAGGAAGACGGGGAGAAAAAGAAGACGAACGAGGAAGAAGAACAGCCAGAGGAAGAGGACUACGAGGAAGACUUUGAAGAGGAUACCGACUACAUCAUGUCUUACUUUGACAACGGAGAGGAGUUUGGAGGGGACAGCGAUGACAACAUGGACGAAGCUACUUACUGAGAGACCGUGCGAGUGCUGUUAACACCAAAUAGACUAGAAGAGGAGGCCUUAAGUAAUCGUCCCCGUGGACGCAGUUACAGUAUUUGAAUUACUUGUGGAGUCACUGGCCAUCGUAACAGACAUUGAAGGCCUGCUGCUAUUCAGCCAUGACAGGUAUAGUCUAAAACAUGGAAAGAACAAUAUGUUGCUGUCUGAUAACCUAGGUCCAGGACAUGGAAGGUGGUGACUGCUGUUGGAAACAGUUGCUCAAUGUAGAUGUCUAGAGCAAAUACUCAGACUUGUUGUAUGUGGUGGUUUAAAGUCCCAAAGAUACUAACUAGUCAUGCUGACUGUUCCCCUUUCUUCAGCUAUGUUGAGGUAGUAAUGGGAGCUGAUUUAUUUACAGGCCAUUGUGGCCUUUUAUAACUUUAAUAAUUGAUUUUAUGGUUUUAAUUAACAGAUAAUGUGCAAUUGUAGUGAUAGUGUUUUUAGAGUAACGGCAUGUUUUAGAGAAAGGUAAUUUAGCUUUUACAAUUCCUUGGUGUAACAAUCUUUUUUUUAAGUGUAUACGACAAUCAAAGUUUUUAAUGACAGUUUUCCAUGUCUUAGCUAAUCGAAAAAGGACCUUUUGUUAAUUUUAAAUAUUUUAUUUCUGUGAUGUGACAUUUCUGUUAUGCGAGUUGAACAUUUGAAAGUGUUGAAUUUGAUUCUCUAAAUACAUUUUGAAGAACCCGA